AUUCGAAAUUCCAAUCCCGCUUCAAUAUCCUGCUCAGACAUACACCGCACAAGAUGAAGAUCUUUCUAUCAAUUGCUUCUCUCUCUUUCUUCCUCACCCUCGCCAUGUUCUCCGACAUCGCUGUUGCCCGGAUCGUUACCGAGACUGCAUCCGACGGGUCAAUCACAUUAGCCAAAUACAUCCCUGACGAGACUCCUGCUCCGAAGCCGGACAAUUAGGGUGAAGAGCUGCAGGGGUUAAUCAGAUAUUCAAGGGCCGGAUGGGUGCUCUGGCGUGGAAUGCAUAUCAUCGCGGGUGUAUCUCUUUCUACGAAUGUGACUGAAGAUGCCAAGAAUAUGAAGUAAUGGUCUAUAAAGAGAAGCCGGAUGACCUUGGAUGUUUCGAGAACAACAAAGCAAUUUUGAUUUUGAUAGUACUCUCUUCGUGCCCCCCCGUAUGGACGGACAUAUGUUCCAGCACAUAACUUUCUGAAUGUAUCCGACUUAGGAUGACUGGUGUCGGCUAGUGUAUCCCAAAGGAA